AUGGCUCAAGAUGCGGUACCUGCCGCCAACGCGAUUGUAUGUGGCCAAGCCCUGUUAUUGUCACCGCUAACCCAAAAACAGGCAGCGAAAGUUAUUGUAGCGUUUAUUGAACACUCUGAGUACAAUGGAUACAAAAUCAUUACGCCAAAGCAAUUCUCAUCUGACGACUCCAACCUGCUCAGGGAACUGCAGGUUCAGGCCAUUGAUGCCGGUGCUGUGUCGAAGGUGAAAAGAGACACGAUGGUCAACAUGGCAGCAUGGACUACCAAAGGCCAGCCCUGUGUACACGUCAACUUUCGCCCCAUCCUAAGAGAUAACCUUAAUUACUUAGCAUUUCUAACCUUAUCUUUUAUGGAGAAAUGCGGUCAUGUUGUGGCAGGCGUGUGUGUAACGUCCCUGGAUCACUAGGAUCGCUCUUGGAAAGGCUCUGGCUAAGAUUAGAGAACAAUCUCAACUACGACAGUUGAACACCUUGAAUCGCUCAUACAGUACGGAGUCAGCCACUUGUCUGCUUAGCAUAUCGACAAUUACGAAAGAAGUAAAAGGAGAAGAAUCAGGGACUGCAAAAUUGUCCUUGACACAGCGACAAAGAAGAGCACAACUAAGUAACGCCUGCGACCACUGCCACCGCUUGAAAUGUAAGUGCGAGGCCCCUUUUCCCUAUCGAAAUG